CGGCGCAAGAACAAGCCAUAUGGUCUGUAGCAUGGCCACUUGCCUAUAUCGAGCGUUCUGUAACAAGGUUGAACUAAACGAUUUUCCAAACUUUACCUGAUGCUUACAGCUUCAAAAAUCCUCGAAAGAGAACGACCAAUAUGGACUGGCAAUAGAAAACCAUACCUGAGAAGGAAUCUGCUCGCGUUAGAAACAAUCUGGACAGCUAUGCAACAUCUUCCAUAUUUAUUGGCAGCGUUCCCCCGACCUUCCCAACUUAUUUCUGCUUUUCCUAAUUCCUUGUUAGCAUCCUCAAUUGAUUAUACCUCGUUGAACAUUCUCUUCGCCGCUUGUCUUUGCAUUAUCAAUUGUCAUACAGAACAUCAUAACCGAAAUCACACAUAGAAAUAUGAGCAUCCAAGCCCGAGGUUUCCAGAAGCGUGCUGAGCUUUCGCAAUUUACAAGCGCACUGUGGUUCGUACUUCUCAUUGCUGACCAUGUAAGUAAGCUGUUCUUUGGCCUGUGUAAAGGCCGUCUGCUCACAGUAAGUAGAUUG